GGGGGGGGGGGGGGGGGUGGAAGGGGUACCUGAAGGGAUGGAGUGGGAGUUUUGAGGGUGCAAGCCGCAUCGCUGCGAAACUCGGCAGGGUUAGCCGCUCCCAGGCACGCGCACGAUUACAUUCCCCUAACUUCACACAUUCCGGCAAUUCAAGUUCCUUCUCACUGAACGCCCCUUUAACCUCGUGCCUAUCGCGGUCCCUCGUUACCUAUUGCGGUUCCUCGACAGCCCGACUGACCUGGUCGCCCCACCAAGGGUCGACACCCGCAUCGCCAUAUGGAAUAUUAACUAGACGGGGAGAAUCAGAUACAAGAAAAGAGAUAGAAGAAGCCGGAGGUGAGAGAGGCUGGCGGACGCCGAGCCCGUGAGUUUCUCACUGGCGGCGCCCCGCACCCCCGCACCGCCCGCGAGACGGCACCGCCAGUAAGUAAGUAUCUCCUGCAACUUACUACUGGACGGCGAGAUCGCGGGGGCGCCGCCCCGAACGGUGUCGCACACCAUGGCCGCGCCGACACCGUCUUCGCUCUUCCUGCGCCUGGUCAACACCUGGCGACUCCUCGCCCUGCGAAGCGACGUUGAUGACAUUGUGCUGGAGCUGUUGGGCCGCUUCUCGCUCGAGAAGAUAUACGCUGGCGCCGCUGAUCGGGACGCUUACCAGCACCUGGUUAUCACCUUGCUCGCCCAGCUCAAGGCCAUUUUCGACCUCCAGCGCUUGACUAUUCCGUCCGACACAACCCAUGUCGGAUGGUACCUCGGCUUCCUUGUUAGCUGGGAGGUCGCUUUGCGGUCCGUUGAGCUCGCCCUCCAGACCGUCGCCGAGGGUCGCGAGUAUCUUUGGGAACACCGGCAACUACGCGACAGGUACUUGGCCGAGUUCCUUCUCUCCGCCCUCCGCGUCCUCACCCUUCACCCGAAAGCUCCCGCGAACCAGCGCACGAGGGAUCGACGUGAGCGUUUCGCGCGUAUCCACGGAACCUUAGAGCGGGUCUUUGACAGCUACCCGGGCCCUAAGUCGUUUCUGCUAGAGGUGUGCAAGGAGGUGACUGGCCAGCUGCAUAUCGACCCCGAUGCCCUCGCUCUGCCCUCGAGGUUUCGAUCGGAACUCCCCCCUUUGACCUCAGAACUGUAUCCCCUCCCACCCUGUUUACAAACAGCUUCAGUCUCCGAGCUAGCUCCCCCGAAUGGGUUUGGUAACUGGCUGGCCCAAUUCCUGGCCCUGCGUGACGUGUCGCAGUUCGUCAUCGCCGCAUCUAUUCAAUAUGCGGCAAACGGAGAAACACGGGAUAUGCGUCUCCAGGCGUCGUCUGCUAGGGCCCGGAACGCGGUUCUGACGGCCCUCGACAACUUGCGCACACCCCCUCACUUGUCCAGGGUAGAGAUGGUCGCGGCGUUCAGUACCCCCUUCCGCAUCAUCCUCCCCGAUACGCUCGACCUUUCCCGCCGCGACGCUUUCGGGUCUCGAGUAGAUGAGUGUGAGCUGGACGCCUUGGACAGCCUCGGUACGAAGCUCAAGGAGCGCCAGAUCACCCAUCGUGUCAGCGACAGAGAGAUGGUGCACAACGUCUCGCAGAUCGUGAGAAAUCUCUUGCUCCAAGAUGACCCCGGCGGCUCCUUCGCUCCCACCCGACCCGGCCUCUACGUGGUGAAUUGUCCUGGAUGCCAUCUUACCGGGGCUUCCCAGCUCAGAUCAUUGGGCAUCCAGCUUCCGUUGGACCCCGUGACCACGGCCGAGAUUCGUCUUCCGCAAAACUCAACAUGCGUGACUUGCAGCGAGGCCGUCACCAUCGCCCGCGAGGUCCCGACGGUGCGGCAAACCUGGGAAUUGGUGGAGUCCCUUCGCCCGGAUGCCGACACCAUCAACGUGGAGCGGCACCUACCAACACAGUUCCAGUUAGGGCCGCCAAAACAAACCGAAACAGGCGGCCUAUUCACUCCUGGUUACGGCAGCAACGUGCCGAACAUCUCACACGAAAAGCCCCGCCAGCCCGAGUCACAUGGACCGUCCCAUCCUACAAAGCCAGAACCACCAAGCCCGAUGCUGGGUGAUACAGGCAGUACCGGUUACCUAGGCCCCAUAUCUCCUGAAUCCUCGUCCCCUUAUCAGCCACCUAGACAUCUCCGGAGCGAGCCUUCACGCCCCGACGUAUCGCUUAAUCAUGGGAAGAAGGCUCUGGAGGAAAUGGAGCAUACUUUCGCGCAUUUGGAUGCUAGCUUUUUGACAGACCCGCCACCCUUCUCGCGCGAUUCGCCGGCCCUUCGCAGGCAGAUGGGGGUAGACGAAACCCCUUCAAUCCAUACCCCUCGAACAAUUCCCCUCGCCACGUCGGUCGAGAAGGGGAAAUCCAGGUGGAAGUUAAAGUUCACUGGGUCGAAGAAAGCCCCAGCGGGAGCCUCUGGUGACUCGAGUUCGCUCUCGUCGACGGCUUUGGAGGCCCAGAGACUGGAAGAGAUAUCUCUCUCUGGUUUGCUUAGCGCACAGAAGGGCCAUAUCAGAGGGAAGCACUCGAAAAACAUCAACGUUCAUCUUUCCCACAGCUCGGCACUCGCUCUAUUCUGGACGCAACUUCUAAUUCACGUAUGGGAUGUUAGCACAUCACCGCCGACCAUGGUGAGGGCGAUCAUGUCGGAGAGCACCUGCAUCCUUGCGGCCGUAGCAAGGAUGCGUCUAGCUUACAUCAUUGGGACCAGGGACCAGCGACUGACGCUACGGAUCGUGAGCCUAUCACAACCAACCGAGCCUGUCGUCGAGUACCGAAUACCAUCCUCUCUUUGGUGCAAGAGCAUUGCGAUUGAUAAACAAGAGAAUUAUGUGGUGGUCGGGUUCGAGAACGCGACUGUUCGCUUUUUCAACGCAAGGAACCCUGAUCAGCCCCGAGAAGACCGCCUGCAUGCCGUCCUCCACCAAAAUUGCCGAGGGUGCCCGUCUGUAGACACCCUGACCUUUUCCAACGACGGUUUAGUGCUGCUCGCGAGCACUCGAAACCCCAAAACUGGCCUAAUCCAGACGUACUCGUGGCGUUUUCCAUUUCACGCCUUCCAGGAGCUCACCACGUGCCGGUACCCAGUCCCACUUCACGAGUCGGAAGAUAACGGCGUAUCCUCGGCAUUAUUUCGUCCAGGGCUCGACGGCGAGGAGAAUUUGGUCUGCAUCACCACAUGGACUCAAUCGGGUACUCCGGUGUUGAUCCAGCCGCAGGAUGGAUACAGGAGCGAAAUUCGAACGGAUAUGUCUGGCCGUCACAGCAAGCUGGGAAACCGCGUACAGUGUGCUGCUUUUUCGCCUUCGGGGAAAGAGUUGGUCAUGGUCAACGACAAGGGCCACGUCUUCCAGGUUUCUAACCUCAACUCUAGUCCCAUGGACGUCCGCCGCAUCGCAUCCUCCAGGGAGCUCACUACCAAGUCCGACUCGUUCGCCAUGUCGUUUAUGAGCCUGUCGGAUGAGGAAUAUAUCGUGCUUGCAUGGGCAGACCCAUCGAGGGCUGCCGGUUGGAUAAGAAAGAUCCCCACAGUAUCUAGGGUACGCUGUUAUUUAUUUUUGUUGCUUAUGCGAUUCAUAUUGCUGACGAUCCUUCUUGAAAGAACCUGUUUGGGGUGGUGGACACCCCAGGGCUAGUUUACGAAGCAACAUCCAUAGGGGCAAGAGAGCACGCUGAAUACGCAAGGUUGCCUAUCGAACUCGCGGCGGACGAGAGGGCAUUGGCAGUCUCAGGUAGAGUGGAUAAAGGCCUCGGAAGGUCUACAGAAACCUCAAACUAGCUAAUGAGAUUUCAGGAGACAAUAAAAGUACAGAAUUGGGAGUUGUAGUAUAUACAUUGUAGCUUAUAUAGUGUAAGUACAUAUAAAUUGACAUUUUCUAUAGGUUAUAUAGAAAUAGUCCUGAGUAUUAUAAUAGUAGGGUUAUAUACUAUUAAACUAAUUAUAAAUUAGAUAUAGAAGCUCUAAGAACAUUUAUUAUUCUAUAUUUAGGUACUAAAUAUAUAUAGACUUUAUAUAGUAUAAGAGGAUAGAGAAGAUAAGGUAGUGAAAACCCCA